GGGCGAGAAAGGGGCAUUUGCACUGGGUCUGGGCGGGCGUACCUAGAGCCGGGCGGGCAGGGACCUCCGCGCAGCCGUCCCGUACCCGCGUGUCCCCUGCGCGGAAGGGACACCCCACCAACCUCCCCGCCCCCUCCCCCUAGCUCCCCUCUCCGCCCCUCCCCCCUGCCUGCCUGUCUGCACCACCUUCCGCCCAGAUCGUCUCUAAAGGGAGUUCUUGGUUUCCUCCGAUUUCUUAUGAACCCAGGAUGGGCAGCAAGGAAGAUGUGGGCAAGGGGUGUCCGGCUGCCGGUGGCGUCUCCAGCUUCACCAUCCAGUCCAUCCUGGGCGGGGGCCCCUCCGAAGCACCGCGGGAGCCCGCCGGCUGGCCAGCCAGGAAGCGCAGCCUGUCGGUGUCCUCGGAGGAGGAGGAGCCGGACGACGGCUGGAAGGCGCCCGCUUGCUUCUGCCCAGACCCGCACGGCCCCAAGGAGCCAGGCCCCAAGCACCACCCCCACAUCCCUUUUCCUUGCCUGGGUACUCCUAAGGGCAGCGGAGGCGCAGGGCCGGCGAGCUCCGAGCGUUCGCCUUUUCUCUCUCCUUCGCAUCCGGACUUUAAAGAAGAGAAAGAGAGGCUCUUGCCGGCGGGCUCUCCCUCCCCGGGACCCGAGCGGCCGCGGGACGGCGGCGCCGAGCGGCAGGCGGGCGCGGCCAAGAAGAAGACGCGCACCGUCUUCUCGCGCAGCCAGGUGUACCAGCUCGAGUCCACCUUCGAUAUGAAGCGCUACCUGAGCAGCUCGGAGCGUGCGUGUCUCGCCUCCAGCUUGCAGCUCACCGAAACCCAGGUCAAGACUUGGUUCCAGAACCGCCGCAACAAGUGGAAGCGGCAGCUCUCGGCGGAGCUGGAGGCGGCCAACAUGGCGCACGCGUCCGCGCAGACUCUGGUGGGCAUGCCGCUGGUGUUCCGGGACAGCUCGCUGCUGCGCGUGCCGGUGCCACGCUCUCUCGCCUUCCCCGCGCCGCUCUAUUACCCCAGCAGCAACCUCUCGGCCUUACCGCUCUACAACCUCUACAACAAGCUCGACUACUGACCCACCUGCCCGCGCGCGCCCACUCUCCGGCUCGCCCGGGACCCCGGAGCCCGGCGCGGGCUGCACCCUUCACAGACCUCCGGAGUAAAGCGACGUGAUUCCAGAAAUAUUAAGAAAUACACCAUGUGUAUUCAGUAUCUUUUAUUUAUGGCCUCCGCCCUGCUUUUUGUUUUGUUUCGGGUAUUUAUCGGUAUUCCUCAAAMCAGAUUGCCUGCUUUCUACCCAAAUGAAACCAAUACGCUUAGAAAACCACUUUGGAGAGGGAUAUUCUCGGGUCGUGAUGGGAAAAGGAGUUUUGGCCAGAUUGGCUUUGAUUGGUAGAAAAAAAAAUCAGAAAAAUACCAACGAAACCAGGUAUACUCCCCCCCCCCGCGCCCAUGUAUACACCUGUACAUAUGUACAUGCACACACGCUCUGCCAAGCCAGGCCCUCAGGGGCUGUGGACAAUGAUCUAAUAAUCUCUUUUCAUUUCCUUCAUCCCGAGGAUGGGUAGGGGCGAAAUGGGGAGAGUUCCGAUCUGUAAAUAUUUUUAAAGCGGAGAAAAAAAAAUAAAACAUUUUAAACAUC